CAGGGUAGUGUGCACAUCGCAGCGCCCGUGUGUGUGUAUGUAUGUGUGUGUGUGUCAGUCACUGCCGCGCACACCUUCAUAUAUGUUGUGUGUCCCCGCUCGGUGUUACCUCCGCUCGCUCUCUGUUACCGACGUCCCCACUGGUCUGCCCAUUAUCCAGGAGCUGACCCACAAGUAUGGGCUGCAGGCGGAGCUCGGGGAGGCCACAUUGGGCCAGAAGUUGGAGGAACUGCGUGAACACAUCCGGAAGGAGAUACGGAAAGAACUCAAGAUUAAAGAGGGAGCCGAGAACCUCCGUCGAGUCACACCAGACCGGCGCGCGCUACAAGAUGUGAGUCAUAUGGUGAAGGAGGCCAACUCGAAGCUCUCCGCCCUACAGCAGGAGCUUCAGGAACUCGACUCACAGAUCCUCCUGACGCAGGGACAAGGGGGCUCCUCUCUCGACUCCUCCUAUAGUAACAAUUUAGGUCUUUAUCAUAGAGUGAGGAAUGCUGGGAAAGAUCCUCCUUUAUCACCAAUGGCGACCGAUGCUCAAGAGAAAUCCUUGGAACCUCUCUCCCUCUCCUCCUUCGACCAGAGACUAGUAUCCCUCGAGAAACAACUUGAGAUAGAGUUGAAGGUUAAAGCGGGGGCGGAGAACAUGAUACAGAUGUACAGCACGGGACCAAUGAGAGACAAGAAACUACUAGCGGAGGCCCAGCAGAUGUUAGCGGACUCUAAAGCGAAGAUCGAAUACAUAAAAAUGAGAAGAAUGAAAGCCAAGCAAAGCCAAACGGAAAACGGUCUCGACGCCGAAGGGAAGCCCAAAGGUGAGGCCUCCAACAAAUUCAACCUAGAGACCCCGGUGGAUGUUCGAAUUGAGGAGCUUAUCCAUCGGCUCCACGUAGAGUGCCGGUGUAUGGAGGGAGCCAAGAAUGCCGUCAGGAUGCUCCAGGCUAAUAAAGUCGCAGCCGACAAGAAAUACCUCCAAGAAGUGAGUGUUUCCCGACCCGUUCAUUCUACCGGAUCUUGACUCUCUUGGGUGCUG